AUGAAGUUCUCUACCGCGCUCUCCUUCUUCAUCUCCGGCGCAGCCAUCGCUUUGGCUCUUCCUUCCUCCGGCGAAAUUGUUGAGGCCGACUGUGUCAAGCCAUACCUGUGCUGUGGCGAGCUCAAAACACCUCUUGAUCCUAUAGUUGAUCCGAUUUUGAAGCAGUUAGGAAUCAACGCUGCAAGCAUUGUGGGUUCCAUUGGCCUGGCCUGUAAGCCUCUAUCCGCCACGCGUGUCAUGCCUGGGAUGACUCUUGCGAAGCUGGGCCUAAGUGCUGCACUGAAGCCAACCUCUUGGGUGGCACAGUCGCUCUUGGGUGCUCGGACCUCGUCACUGAGAACUAGGAUUAUGGAAAUUAUAGAAUUUGCAAACGAAAUCACCGCAUCCGGCCUGAUACCUUCCAGAGUACUGGCAUGGCUGAAUGGCUACGCCACUAUUGACCUCGAUACAAUUCACCGGAACAACCCAUCCCCAGAAAACUUGAGUAUAUACCCAUACAAAGCAAAAAGUGAUGCGCCGUACUCCGUUGCGGAAAAUACUCUCCGGGCAGCCAUUCACAUUCCCAAGUCAUUCUCACUCGAACAGGACAAGAAAUUACCGGUGCUUCUGGUACCAGGAACCGCUGUUCCUGCAGCCAUAAACUUCUAUUUCAACUUUGGCAAGUUGAGUAAAGCCUUACCCGAAAGCGAUCUAGUUUGGGUCGAUCUUCCUCAGGCCUCGUUAGACGACAUUCAAUUAAAUGCCGAAUAUGUCGCCUAUGCGCUCAACUAUGUUUCCGCUUUGACAUCAUCCAAUAUUGCCGUGAUUUCUUGGUCCCAAGGUGCACUGGAUAUUCAGUGGGCACUGAAGUACUGGCCCUCCACCCGAAACGUAGUAAAUGACUUCAUCGCUAUCAGCCCCGACUUCCAUGGAACAAUAGUCAGGUGGAUGGCAUGCCCCCUAUUGAGCCAGCUAGCAUGUACUCCUUCGAUUUGGCAGCAAGGGUGGGAUGCAAACUUUAUACAGGUCUUGCGAAGCAACCGGGGAGACUCUGCGUAUGUUCCUACGACCACCAUUUACUCUUCCUUCGACACGGUAGUGAUGCCCAUGAGUGGGGAGAAUGCGUCUGCUCGGCUACUGGACCACAGCGGAGUGGGCGUAUCCAACAAUCAUUUACAGACCAUCUGCGCAAAUAAGGCCGCUGGUGGUCUCUAUACGCAUGAAGGCGUGUUGUACAAUCCUCUUGCGUGGGCACUUACCGUUGAUGCACUCCGUCACGAUGGGCCUGGCAAUAUUACGCGAAUCGACAUCCAAAAGAUCUGUGAACAAUUGCUUCCACCGUUUCUCGACCUCAUGAGGGCGUUGAAGUUCGAUAUCACCUACUAUGACCGCGACGCCACUCUCAUCUGGGCUGGAUCGUGCCUAUACGAUAACCGCAAUAUCUUCGAUUUCAAAGCGGUGCCUAACAUUGAUGGCGGCUCCCACUUGUCAUUUAUCUUGCAGCAUACAUUUCAGUUCGAAGGCGAUGAGAAGGGAACUGCAUAUGUUUUGGAUCAGCAUUAUGAAACGGAAAAAGCAAUCCCGGUGACCAAUGACCUUGCCGCAUUCAACAUGCACGAAUUCAACGUCCUUGACGGCGGAAAGACGGCUCUAGCUUGCACGUAUCGAAGCAAGUACAUGAACUUGGGUGCCCUUGGUCGUCCCGAUGAGUACAGCUGGGUUUUCACCGGUGGUUUGGUUGAGCUGGACACAGCUACGGGUGAGGUGCUUUUUGAAUGGGACUCCGAAGGCUACAUCCCUCUUGAUGAAUCUGUGAAAUUGGACCCAUCGACACCAGUUGCCGACCCGCCUGGUUGGGAUUACAUUCAUGUGAACGCGGUCGAUAAGAAUGCUGCUGGCGACUAUAUCCUCUCAGCCCGAUUCACGAACACUAUCUAUCUCAUCUCCGGGAAGGAUAAAAGUAUCAUCUGGCGGCUUGGUGGGGAAACGUCGGAUUUCGUCCAAGAUUUCACUUUCUCCAAGCAGCACCAUGUGCGCUUUAUCGAAUCCAACGCCACACACACGACCAUCUCGUUCCUCAACAACGCUUCGGACGAGAUCGAACAGGGAGAAGACACCUCAAGUGCUCUCUACGUGCAGCUCCACACCAGUGUUUCCCCGAUGACCGCAAAGGUCAUUGCGCGAUACAACCGUCCGGACGGAGACCUUACUCGGCUGCGCGGAAACGUGCAAACACUGCCCAAUGGCAACGUCUUCGUGGGUUGGAGUGAACGGGGAUACCAAUCUGAGCACUCCCCCGAGGGUAACGUACUUAUGGAAGCCCGUUUUGCUUCCUCUCGCUUCUCCACCUACCGGUCGUACAAAUUCGACUUCACUGGUCGGCCCAAUACCCCGCCGGACGUAGUCUCGUCCGUCUAUGGAACAGACGAAACCGAUCUCACUACCAUCUUCCACGUGAGCUGGAACGGCGCAACGGAUGUUGCUUCGUGGAAUUUCUACGCACGUGCGAAUCAGGACGGGAUGCCUGUGCUGGUAGGCAACACCACCAAACUCGACUUCGAGACGAUGUACAUUGCGGAUGGUUACCUGGACUGGGUCUCCGUGGAAGCAGUGGACAAGGACGGAAACGCUCUGGGGACCUCUGAGAUUCAACGGACCGAGCCCCCGAGUAACUGGCGACUUGCCGGGUUCCAAGGCAAUACCAUGCCAACACCCCACGACCCAUCGGAUCUCCAUGAGCACAAAACCAUUGCUGUUGACGAUGACGCCGAUGACGCCGAUGACGCCGAAGAAGUUUACGUCAAGGCUCAAGAGGCGGCCGAAUCCAUCUACAAAGCGUGGGAGGUCAUCCGCGGAGUCGGGGGCCUUCUCAUCUUCGUUCUAGUUCUAUGCUCUACGGGCGGACUUCUGGCAGGCAUGUACUGGUAUUUCCGGCGGCGUAGUAUGCAGGCAUACCACGAGGUUGCCUCCGAGGAAAGCCAGCCAUUGAACGAACGGUCUACUUGA